AUGUCGAAGUUUGCGGCAUAUCCCGUGGAUAAGAACGUGAAACAGUAUGACGAGUACAAGUUCACUCUAUCGGAGCUGUAUCGUGAGGUGGCCAAGGAGGAACUCCGCGAGGAUGAUGCCGUACGCGAGAAGGCUUUGACGGAAAUGCGUCACUGGAUCGUGAAUAAUUCUCACAUCCGUAAGUGCCGCAUGGAUUCGAUAUUCUUGUUGCGGUUUCUACGCUUCCGUCAAUUCUCGGUACCAAUGGCCUGUGAGGCACUGGAGCGUUAUCUGACGAUGCGAGAGAUGUAUCCGACCUGGUUCAAGAACUUGGAUGCUGGCGCUGAGAACAUGAAGGAAUUAUUCAUGGGCGGUGCUACUUCCAUUAUCGGGCAGGACAGCAAUGGGCGCACGGUGGUAUUCUUCCGUAUAGGGCGCUUUGUGCCGGAGAUGUUCGAACCACCAACUGGUGGUACAUUCAUUGCCCUGAUGAUUGAAGCCAUGCUCGAAUGGGAAGAGGUACAGAUCGGUGGUUUGCAGGUGAUGGUGGACUACUCCGAUAUGGAUCUGAAACUGUUCGAGAAGUGGGGUUCUUCGGAACUGAAGCUGAUCAUGGAAGCUUACACGCGCUGGUACCCCAUGCGCUACCACGACACGCACGCGGCCAAACUCCCGAAGAAAGCACUGCCCUUUAUAGAGAAAAUACUUUCCUUCACCAACCCGAAGAUACGGGAGCGAAUCAAUUGCUAUGCGAACGUGUCCGAGAUGGAGAAACACUUCGAUCAUACGAUUGCACCGAAAGGCUACGGAGGUUCUCUUGAUCUAGAUGGUGACGUCAAUCCGGCAUUGUGGAAACGCAUCGAACAGCAGAGGGAUGUCAUUCUCGGUUUGGAUCGCAUGGAGAUCGAUUACGAUUACUAUGCACCGAUUUGGGAUGAGCAGAAUGCUGCACUUGCGGCCGAGAUACCUUCGGUUUAA